AUGGCCACCAAGCAUUCACUCAAGUCUCUCUUCAGCCGAACCGCAGAGAGUGAGCACAACCCGUUAAGCAUGUCCGAUGAGCAGAUAUUGGAGCAAAUUUACUCAACCCAUGUCCACAGUCACACAAAGUUUGAUGUCGACUCUCUUUUCAUUCUUGUCGAGAACACCCUUAGGCGUUCAACUCUCAUUGUUGACAGUGUUCUUCAGGGCUCCAAAUCAAGCCUGGAGCAGCUAGAAGACAAGAUCCCCCAAGCCAACUUCAAUUCACCACUCUGCACCCUGAGGCAAAUUUCUUCCGAGAUGUCAUGCAAGCCUGUUGGAGAGGAAAUUGCUCACAAAACUACUAUGACAAUACUUGUGAAGCUUUCAAACUAUGAGUGGGAUGCAAAAGCGGUGCUGGCACUGGCAGCUUUCGCAAUGGAAUAUGGCGAGUUCUGGUUGCUAGCUCAGCAUCAACCCACAGACCCUAUUGCAAAAUCAGUGGCUUUUCUGAAGCGAGUGCCGGUGCUCACAAGACCUGCAGCACUGCAAAAGCAUCGUCAAGCCAUCACCGAGCUCAACAAUCUGGUCAAAACAACGUUGCUAGUGAUUGAAUUAAUCUUUGAGUUGGAGAAACUAACAUCGUUCGACACAAAGGACGUGCCUGCUUUGUUGCCUGCAAUAGAACAAAUUCCUGUUGAUGUCUACUGGGCCAUCAUCACCAUUGUGGCUAUUGUAACUCAGAUUGAUUACCUCACUACUGAAUCAGGGAACAAGCAAGAUCUGUCCCACUAUGGUCAAAAGAUCAACAUCAUACUUAGCAAACUUAGGAAGCAAAUCAUGCUUUGCAGACAACAGAUAGAGGAGGCGGAGUAUCAUCACAGGCUCAGGAAAUUUUUUCAGACGCCUACUGAAAUAAUGGAGGUGUUUAAGUUUCUGGUUUUUUCGAAGGAUGCCCCACAGCUACUGUUUGAUGGUGCCACCAAGACCACGAUUGAAAUCACUGAACUCAAGAAGAAGAAUGUUUACUUGUUGAUCUCAACGCUAGAAAUCACGGAUGAAGAGAUUUCAGUACUACGACCAGUUUAUGAAUAUAUUAAAACUAAUGAUCAAUAUAAGAUUGUGUGGAUUCCCAUUGUAGAAGAAUGGACCGAAAAAUUGCACAAGAGAUUCGAGGUUUUGAAAAGCAAGAUGCCAUGGUACGUUGUGCAGCACUUUGGAACCAUAGCAGGGUACAAGUACAUCAAGGAAGAAUGGCACUUCAAAAAGAAGCCUAUGGUUGUGGUGUUGAAUCCUCAGGGAAAAGUGCAACACGCAAACGCUUUCCAUCUUAUACAUGUUUAUGGAAUGAAGGCCUUUCCCUUUACUAUUGCUGAUCAAGAGAGAAUUGAUAGAGAAAUUCACUGGAUUGGUUCGGUGGUAGGGGAUUCUCACCCUCAAAUAAGCACCUGGAUCAGAGAGCAAAAAUACAUUCUCAUCUACGGAGGCAGCGACAAAGAAUGGAUCCAGCAAUUCACAAAGUAUGCAAGUACCUUUGCAAAUGACGGCGCUCUCAAGGAGGCAAAGAUUCAAAUAGAAUUGUUCUGUGUGGAAAAGGAAGAUAAAAACUUUCUGAGGAGGUUUUGGAGCGGCAUAGAAAGCUUGUUUGUGACCAAGGCUCACAACACAGUUGAUGCAGUGACUCAAGAAGUGCAAAAGAUGCUUUCUUACAAGAAUGAAACUGGGUGGGCUGUCCUAUGCAAAGGGUCAUAUGUGGUGGUGAGUGGUCAUGGAACCACAAUCUUGAAGACAGUGGCAGAGUUUGAGAAAUGGAAAGAGGCUGUGCUGAAAAAUGGCUUUGAGUCUUCCUUCAAAGAGCACCAUGAAAGAAUUGUGCGCACCACUCAUCGCUGCAUACACCUUGAAAUUCCUAAUGUUGCAGGAAGGUUGCCAGAGAGCAUAAAAUGCCCCGAGUGUGGCAGGAUAAUGGAGAUUUUCAUCAGCUAUAAAUGCUGCCACACUGAUACUACUUCAAUUGCCAUACACUAG